UGCCCAGUAUAGUUGUGCACCUUUGCCGAGUCUAGCUGUGCACUUUUGCCGAGUCUAAUUGUGCAAGUUCGUUUCCCAGUGUUUUCAAGUUAUCGCGCCGUGUCGCGGUAAUUUGUUCGUGAACUUCUAAAGCAGCUUCAUGCCGGUACCGUACAAAGGCCAGCGAGUUCGUCUCGUUACCGGUUUUAUAAAACCUGCGAUAUGUCGGCGAUCAGGGACAGCGGGAGCCUACAGCGACUCUUCUUGUGCUUGGACAAAUACCGAAUUCAUGAAUUCGGAACCGACGAAAUCUAUUGCAAUGCCACUUACGACGGUUUUUUAUGCUGGCCGCCAACGACAGCAGGGAUGACUACCAGCCAGAACUGUCCACGAGCUCGAUUUAGCGAUCCUACCCGUAUGGCAAAACGUACUUGUGGCAUGGAUGGGAUAUGGAAGAGCCGGCGAGCUAACGAAACCUCUAAAGCAGGUUGGACCAAUUUUAUGGCCUGUUUUCCUACUGAGAUGCGAAAUUUGCUGACGAAGGUUUAUGACAACGAUACUCAAGAAAAGUUCGACAUUGCUAUCCAUACAAGGACGUUAGAAAUUAUUGGAUUUAGUAUUUCUCUUGUGGCUUUGGUAAUUUCGUUAUUCAUCUUCUCAAACUACAGAUCCCUGCGUAAUAGCCGUACACGUAUCCAUAAGAGCCUGUUCUAUGCUAUGGUCUUACAAGUCGUAAUUAGACUUACGAUAUACAUAGACCAGGCUCUUAUCCGAUAUAAAAUACAAGAUAAUCCCGCUUAUGAAAACGUAACCGUACACGGAAUAGAUAACAUGCCGUAUCUUUGCGAGUCGUCGUAUAUCUUACUAGAAUACGCCAUAACAGUAAUGUUUAUGUGGAUGUUUAUCGAAGGAAUAUACCUCCAUAGUAUGGUGGCCGGUAACUCGCUUAGAGAAAGAAUCUCGCAUGUGGUAUACUACGCUACCGGCUGGGGACUACCUAUAAUUAUAACUGCGGCUUGGGCAACUGUCACCUCAAUACAUUACAAGAGUCAAAGUGCAGAACAUUGCUGGUAUGGAUAUAACUUCUCGCCCUACUAUUGGAUUGUCGAAAGCCCAAGGCUUGCCGUCAUAGUGAUUAAUUUCUUAUUCCUCUUAAAUAUAAUAAGAGUCCUGGUCGUAAAGCUGAGCAAAAACGACACAACAGAAAUUGUAAUAGUUAGAAAAGCAGUUCGCGCUGCACUGGUCCUAUUACCUCUUCUCGGGAUUACGAACGUCCUGAAUAUGAUCGAAGCUCCUAUAGACAGUGAAGUUUGGAAGUUUGCAGUAUGGAUCUACACCACACACUUCUUGAGAUCUUUCCAGGGUUUCUUCAUUUCUCUUAUCUACUGCUUCCUAAAUGGAGAGGUUCGUAUGGUAAUCGUAAAGCAAUAUAACAAUCGCAAGACGAUAGCUGAGAAUGAAAGACGCCGGCGCAAUCGUUUCCUACAAGACAUGUCCCCGCAACAACAACAAAGGGGCAGAAGAAGGCAACGAGAACAGUUACCGUCAACUUUUAUACCAAUGACCACUCUAAGGCGUCACCGUCCCCAUUCAGCUUCGGGUGCCGACAGGUGUCACAUUGAUACAGAACUGGGAUCCAGCUAUCUGUAAGUCAGCUACAGCCUACACUAUAUCAUUUAAAUCAAAGCCCUCUGUGGCCUUAGGGUGAGAUUCCUAGCACGAUGCUGACAUUUAUUGUCAACAGUAUGAUUGUUUGUAUCGAUCUGGAUGUUUUCUAUGUAUU